CUCUUCCACCAUUACAUCAUCCAUUGUACAAGUUGGAUAGAUGUAUGUGAUCCACGCUGUCACUUCGCAAUGGAGGUACCAAAGCGAGCAGCGCACUUUUCUGUCAUUCUCCAGGGCAUCCUGGGUCUAGCGGCCCGGCAUUUGUGGCUUAUGGGUAGAGAGUCAGUGGAUCACUCACAGUCUUACGUUGAUCAAUGUCUGAACGCGCUCAUUGUAGCGUUGGAAGACCCUAUUGCGCACUGGGACGAGAAAUUCCUUGUAGCAGUAAUCCUCUUACGGUUGCAUGAAGAGAUGGGCGAUGCGGACGAGCAGUGCCAUCACUUCGGCACAGCGCGAAUUCUGAACAGUAUCUCAUCUUUCGCAGCAGACGGUGGUCUUCGUGAGUCUGCAAGUUGGGUUUCGCUUCGGCAACACGUCUGUGUGUCUCUCACGUCGCAGCAGCCACUCAAUUUGAGCCUCGAGAACUACCGCCACUCGUCAGUGUUCCGUGAGUUUGACGACGAGUCAUGGACGAACCGACUCAUUUUCCUUUUCGCCACAAUUCUUCAAACCAUCUUCGAGGAUAGCGACGGGGUCGAUGAGUGGGAGCGUAUAAAGCCUUGGACGUUCACUGCACUUUACAUCGAACCUGAUGCUGGAGAGAAGUUCAAUAACGCCUGGCCGCAGCUACCCUGCGCACAGGGGGUAGUUGCUGUAGGUUUGCAAUACCAUCACCUGAGCAAGAUCAUUCUCACGAUUUACUCCCCUAACGCAUCUCUGGUAGGACUGGCGGGAGUCCGAGCACGAAAAGCGACAGAUACCUCGAUACGGAAGCACAUGCGGAUGACAAUUGGUUACGGCAUCAGCAACGAAACCUGCGGGAAUGCCAUGUUUCAGCGCAGCCAUAUUUUCAGCGCAUGUGGCGCAUAUAUUGUCGAUCCGCUGGAGCGAGAGGCCUGUGUAAAGUAUCUAAGAGGCCUGCAAAGCAGGAUAGGUUGGAGGACCGACAAGGUUAUAGCGGAUUUAAGAGAGCAAUGGUCGGCUUAA